UCGUUUAAGUUAAGCUGGGACGAAACAGCUGAUCAGGUGGUGCCUAGUUUUAGAAGAGUAUACAGAUGCAGAACGAGGAAACUAACAUUUACACAGUUGGGUUCUCAGAUUAUGCGAGGCACUACGAGACUCUCCGACAAAUGAAGGAAGCACGUUUAUCGGCUGAAAAAGCAGAUAGAAUGGCGUCCCGUAGAGAUGGAUCUCUGCAUAAUCAAGAGCCAAGUUGUCCACGAGAAAAUGUCCACUUGUCACCUCAAGAAUUUAAAGAUGGCAUCAAGACAUGCCCGCUAAACUCUUCAGCAAACGGCAAAUUCUCUUUUGCAAGAGGCCGAAGCAUUUUGGCCAUGUCUGAGUUUCUUAAUUCAUGCCAAUCAAAGAAGAACCAAACAGAGUCAUUGAAAGAAUAUGUACCAAUUUCUCAGCCCGUAAAGUUGUCAACAACAAUAGCAAAUCUGAAACCCCAGCAAAAGCCAAAUUUAGAAUCCAACUCCAUGCCAUCUGAUCAAUUUGCUGAUAUUGCUGGGUUGCAACUCCCAACUAUGAAUUCCAAUUGGGUUUCUCAGUUCCCCAAUAUAAAAGAGCCAGUAACCAAGCAUGAAUUCUCUUCUCAAACACUUACAAAGAAUUUUGUCAUGGAAAGCGAACCAGGUGAACAAGGAAAAGCGACAGUGAAUAAUUUAGAACUUGCAUCACAAGGUGAACCAGAGAGGAAGGAAGAAUACAAUAAGGCAUCCAUUAAACCAACUUCUAACUUGCCUAUGCCUUUUAUGCCUGCCGGUAUGCCUUAUAGAGCACCCAAAUCAAUCCAACGUGCUAGGCCAGAAUAUACAAAAAUGGAACCCAAAGUCAGGAGACCUGUUUCAGAAAAUAUGAAGCCAUGCAAUGGAUUACACCCUACUCAGCAUUCUAGUUCACUGCAAAUUUCAUGCCGAAGAGAAAACAGUCCUGUGCAGGCCCAACAGACAAAUUCACAGCUAAAUCUGGCUACAGUUACAAGUGCCUCAACUACGAAUCGUAGUCGCGCAUUUCUGUUGAAGGCGGCACUUGAACGAGCCAAAUCUAGCAAAAAAGAAGCUACGCAAGAAGCGAAGUUGCAGUCACCCUCCUGUGAUACCCCAACUCACACUAAUAAUGUUGUUUUACCUGUACAUGAAAAUGACGAAGAUAUCAAGGAACUGUUGCAAUUAGCUUCAGCAUCUGCACAAGUAGAACGUACUACUGUAUUCGAAGAAAAUGUACCCAAAAUGCUAAAGCUUUCCAAAUUAGCACAGCUAAUAGAGGAAGGUCGUGUUCUUGUCAGAUCUGAUGUGCCCCAUUUACCAAUCUAUAAUUUCAAGGAUUUCCCAUUUGAACUGGUUAUUCAUGAAGCUUUGAAUUCGUUGGGUUUUGAAAAACCCAAAACGACUCAAGCCUAUGUUUGGGAUGCAAUUUUGCGUGGUCAUAAUGUUGCUUAUAUCUCAGGAGCGCGAGGUGGAAAAACAUUAGGCUACCUGAUACCAAUAUUAAAUAAUUUGCUUGAUCCAAGCGAGUACAGCGAAGUGCCAGAAGGUUGUUCCCCUUUGGCCAUUGUUAUUUGCUCAUCGUGGGAAAACGCAGAAAUGGUGCAUUACUAUUGUUGUCGCAUAAUGAAGAAAAAUCCAAACUUUCGCUCUGCCGUCUUCACAGAUGGUACAGAACGGUCCUUGAAAGUGGCUCUGCCCUACCUGAUCAACGGAGUGACUUUGCUUGCUGCCACAGCUCCUGCACUCAAUUUGUUGCUAUCAGAAGGAAAAGAUAUAAUUAGCUUCGAUCGAUGCUGUCAUCUUGUAUUCGACGAUGCAGACUUUGUGCUCAAAGAACACGCCGGAGCAGCGAAGAAACUGUUUUAUUUUUAUCAGGAGUCUGUUCAGCGGGUAACAGAAGGAAAGAACUUUGUCCCACGACAGAUUGUGGCUUGUGCUAGCCAUUGGACAAAAGGAAUGGAAGAAAUUUCUUCAAAGGUUUUAAAAAAUCCUUCGGUUUUCAUAUCUUCUUGUAUGGAGGCUGCCAUUUAUGGUGGGAUGAAGCUUGAUGUUCGUCUUGGAACUUGUGACGAGAUGGACUGCCAUUUGUUGGAGAUUUUGCAAAAAAAACGCUUAAGCAGAACCAUUAUAUUCUGUCGCGGGUCGGCUGAAGUCUUUAAAGUUGAACGAAUGCUGUCAACGAUUGGUGUGGCGCCUCUGUUAGCCCACAAUCAAUCUAUUGUGUCAGAUUUAGAUUUUAUAACGCAAAGGUGGAACCAUGCCCGAGAGGGUUCUGCCAUUCUUAUCUGCACGGACGAUGUCCUAGAGAGACUCAACAUAAAAAAUGCACAAACGCUCAUCCAUUAUUUUAUACCUCACCAUUCCAAAUACGAUUUUAGCUAUCGGCUUUCAUUCGCAAUGGACAACUUCCACUUGAAAGCUACGGAGGCUGAUAAACCGGAAACUCAUUUACUGAUCACUAAAGAGUUUAACAACUCUCUGCUAACGAUUGUACGUUUUAUGCAACGCUUUGGACAUGUGGUCUCUGAUGAACUAGCAACGGAAGCCAUACUUUCUUUCUGUGGUAAAGAGGUUCGCAAAAGAAAUCUACCACUAUGUGAAAAUUUGAAGGCGUUUGGAUUCUGUAGAAAUAUGAAGCUAUGUGGACUUCGACAUGUUAUUCUGGAAAGCCUUGACCAACCAAUUGUUCCAAGAAAUGGUAUUGUUCGCAUUCGCAUUACAGCCGUGCGUACUGCAACCCAGUAUUACGCCCGCAUUUUGAAGCAUCGCAAUGAAAAUAAUCAGUUGGAAGAUAAAAGUGGAUCUCAUUUCGAAGUUAUGUCACAGAUGCGAAAACACUUUCGCGACGAAAAUGAGCGAAAGAACCCGGUGCAGGCGGAUAGAAUAGAAGUAGGUAAUCUUUACGCCCGACGGACCACUGAACAGCUUUUUGACCGUGUUCGUAUUGAAUCGGUACUUGAGAAAGAUCAUCAGGGAGUCCCUACGGAGGUUGCAGUAGUGUGUAUAGACCAAGGCUGUGUCGUACAAUGCUUUGUCAAAGAUUUGUUUGAACUUCCAGAACACCUGAAAAAAAUGGCCUCGGAAGCCAUCGAAAUUUUUCUGGUGGGGGCCAAGCCAUUGGAAGGAAAUUCAAGCUGGAGCCGUUACGCGAUCGAUUUUGUUCGUGAAAAAUUAAUGAGCAAAGAGCUGGAAGGUCGAAUUGUGUUGGCCUUGUCGACUACGCUAUGGCUAAGUCCAUUGCACGAGAGGAAACGACUGGAUGGCGUGAAUUCCUGCGUUGUUGUAACAGACAUAUUAAAAGAACUCUUGAAAGCUGAAUUAGCCGAACGCAACGACGAACAUUUGGUAAAGCUACACCACCUAUGUGAAACAGGUGGACUUGUUUUACCAGAUUGCAGUGUUGGAUUGGCAAGCCGAAGCAGCAAACCAAUCGAAGUGGCUCAUGCAUUCCUUCCAAUGAAUGAAGAAACACGAGUUGAGUUAGUGGCUAGCGAUUCUCCGCACCAGUUUUACGUCACAAUCGUCAAGUUUCAGAAAACCUUGUUGUCAUUGGAAGAAGAUAUUAAAAAACAAUUAUCGAAAUGUAAAAAUUUGACGUACGAAGAAGCUCGUGUAGGAAUUUUCUGCCUCGCGGAAUCACCUACAGAACGUGGAUCGUGGUGUCGCUGCUGCAUAAAGAAAAAGAUAAUUGGACAUGACGCAUCCGAGUUCCGAGUGUUUUUCGUGGAUUACGGAGACUACACGACUGUUCCGAUACACGCUUUGAAAACACUGCCAGCUAAAUUCAUCAGUCGCCUACCAUUUCAAGCCAUCGCUUGUUCAUUGUAUGGCGUGGGGCCGAAAAAUGACAGUGGCGGAUGGACCGAAGAAGAUGUCGACUUUUUCUCAUCCCUUACCACUGGACCUGAUGGGUUCAUGCACGUGUGGCAUGUCCAGACGAAGUUUAAAGAAACGGUUCCUGAUGAAGUGACGAAAGGGCCGCACUAUCAUGUUACACUGAUAAACCGCGAAGAAAGCGAGCCCCAAAAUUUAGCUCAACAAUUGAUAGACAAAAAUUAUGCCAUUUCGCUAGAAAACAAUGAAGAUUUUCGUGCAAUCGUACGCCACUCGGCUGCAAUCAAGAAGGAGGCUGAAGAGAAAGAGUUAAGAGACAAAAUGUGCAAAUCGCAACUGGACGAUGCAGAAGAUGACCUGAAAUUUGAUGUCUCGCCUGGUUGGAUUGACCUCUUUCCGAAAUCUCAAGAAAGUGAGGAUACUAACUCAAAUGCCGAUUCUCGUCCAUCUGACGAGGCAUCCGGUGAAAGUGUCCCAGCAUCAGAAGAGAAGCUGGUGGUGCAGCAAAUUGUACAUGGAAAUCAAAAUUUAGCGUUAAUAGAUCACACGAUGCCUUUGAAGGACAGUUUGAGCCGCUUCCCUACAACGAAAUGGGCACAAAGUGAACAGGAUGUUUGUGUAACUUUCGUUGUGGGUCACCUGAGUGACUAUACUAUUGAACUUUCGGAAAACCAUUUGAGCUUCGUGGCCGAUGUUAAUGGAUCGAGAUAUGAAUUGAACUCGAGCACGUAUGGCUUCAUAGUUCCUGAAAAAAGCUCCCAUUGCAUCGUUAGUUGCGGAGUAAAAGCCACGCUCCGGAAGCAAGAAAUAGGUUCAACAUGGACCCGCUUCAUUCAAUCCCCCUUAAAGCAACAUUGGCUGACUCGUGAUUUUGACUAUUGGUUGAUUAAUAAUUCGUCAGACGAUGAGGAGCAAUUGGAGCCAAUAGUAGACCCAAAAUACGCAUUCGACGAAGAGCAACCCGAAUCGUCAUCAAGUGAUUCGGAUGAAGAAUGCAUCGAUGAGAAGUGGCUUCGUGACGAUGACUAAUUGACUAACAGGCAACUAGUCCAUGGACUAUUUUGAACUAUGUAAUCAAACAAGGCGAACUAAUGUUGAAGACACAUCUUAUCAUCUUAUUUCUUUCAAAUCCAUUUUGUGAUCUCUUUACAAUUCCUGUUUUAUAGUCAUGGGUGUAAGUAUCUUUCACUUAGUGUUUUUUCCCCACCGUUCUCCUUCCGUACAUGGCCUAUUUAAAUACUAGCCCAACUUUUAGCUAAAAGAACAAAGGGAAUGAUUUUUUUUUGCGUGAGUUGAAUAAAAAGCACGCAGUAGACCAAGAACGGAAAGAACAAUAAGAAAAACAUGCAGUGAAAUGUACGUCGUUCUUGUACGAGCGCACCUCAAAUCUCUUGUCCUAAAGAAUAAUACA